UUCCCUCAGAGUGGAGGACGGUCCGGAUUCAACAAGUUUGGAUUGUCACUGUCGGAUCUAGAGAAUGUUUCACUACCUCAGCUUUCCUGAUCUGCUUCCAGACGGAGAUCGGAUCACUCUGAUAAGUUCUUCUGACAGGCUGUUUUAAUCCCUGCAACAGUUGAUAAAUGGUGGAAAAAAUUUCAAAAAUGAUUUUAACUUUGGUAUUUAUCUUUUCCGUGUUUGAUUGUCUGUUCACCUUGAAAGGUGACGGUGGCUCAGCUCCCCGUUCAGCGCGCCUGGACUGCGUAAAGGCCAGCGAGCAAUGUCUGAAGGAGUAUUCCUGCAGCACCAAGUACCGGAUGAUGAGGCAGUGCGUGGCGGGGAGGGAGAGCAACUUCAGCGCGGUCACCGGUCCCGAGGCUCAAGGCGAAUGCCGUAGCGCGAUAGAAGCCAUGAAGCAGAGCUCCCUGUACAACUGCAGGUGCAGGAGAGGCAUGAAGAAGGAGAAGAACUGUCUCAGGAUCUUUUGGAGCAUAUAUCAGAGUUUACAAGGUAACGAUUUACUGGAAUACUCUCCAUAUGAACCAGUCAAUAGCCGUCUCUCAGACAUCUUCCGCUUGGCCCCCAUCAUAGCUGCUGAGCCUGCAUCCACAAAGGAGAACAACUGUCUGAGUGCUGCCAAAGCCUGUAACCUGAACGACACAUGUAAGAAAUAUCGCUCUGCUUACAUCAACCCCUGCACAAGCAGGGUGUCUGCUUCGGAGGUCUGCAACAAGCGCAAGUGCCACAAGGCUCUAAGACAGUUCUUUGACAAGGUUCCAACUAAAUACAGCUAUGGGAUGCUGUUUUGCUCCUGCCCAACGGGAGAUCAGACGGCAUGUGCUGAACGCAGAAGACAAACUAUUGUACCGAUCUGCUCUUAUGAGGAUAAGGACAAGCCCAACUGUCUUUCUCUGCAGAACGCAUGCAAGACCAACUACAUCUGCAGAUCAAGGCUGGCAGACUUCCUCAGCAACUGUCAACCUGAAGUUCGUUCCAUAUCUGGCUGUCUACGAGAAAACUACGCCGACUGCCUGCUCUCUUAUUCAGGCCUUAUUGGUACAGUGAUGACACCCAAUUAUGUGCGGUCUUCGGGCAUUAGCCUGUCGCCAUGGUGCGACUGCAGCAGCAGUGGGAACAGCAAGCAAGACUGUGAUAAAUUUUCGGAGUUUUUCACCAACAAUCGAUGCCUCCGCAAUGCUAUUCAGGCGUUUGGUAAUGGUACUGAUGUUGGAGUGUGGCAACCUCAACCCCCCAUUCAACCGACUAUAGAGACAAGCAUCACUCGCAGGGGUAAAGGUUGGACAAACAGUGUUUUGGACGAGCUGAAAGAUGUGAAUCACCUGGGUGCCAAUAGUGACUCAUACCACAUCUGUGGAACCUUGCAGGUUCAAAAUCUGGUCUCAAAUCAAACAGCCAAUGCAGCUUUUUGUCCGAACCAUCAGCUGGAUGAGUCCGGUGCUUCGAAUGCCAUCGCUGGAAGCUCACCCACCAGACAGAGCCACUUGCAUCCCUCCAUCUUAGCCCUUGCCCUGGCCUCCACAACAAUACAGCUCAAAGGUUUCUUGUCUCUGUAGGAGCGGAGAGCGGAUGGUCAACCUUCUGAUCUUAAAAAAGCAGUCCACUUCAUUUUAAUUUACUCACCGAACUGGAACUUUUUUCUGAAACAGCCACUCGUGGAUCAGAUUUGUGGAUGACUGUCACUGAGAUGUCAGCUCAUUUGCCUUCCAAAGCCCGGUGGAAGUAAUUUGCAAAGACCUUGACUAAAAAAGAUGACUCAAGCCUUGCAUAUUUGACGGAGUGAUGUGCCAAACAGGUGAAAACUGCUUCAAGCAUGAAGUCAUGCCCUCUUUGCUUAAAAUGUCGAAGUUAAGGGCAAAUGGAAAGCUAAACGUGUGGAAAGAAAAUAGACAUAUAACACAUUUCAUAGAUGCAUUGAUUGAAUUAUAAUUAAGGUCAUUCAAAGUUUCAUUUUGUCUGAAAAUCUCCUAACGUCAAAGACCCAUCUACCAAAUAAUAGGUUACAACUUCUUCCACGUUUGGCAUUAAGUGUAGAGCAGCUCUGUAGAUCUGGUCGUCAAGGUCGUUUGUGGCUUUCAUCGUGUCACUUUGUACAUAGAAUAUACAGGUGGAAAUACUGUUAGCUUGUAAAGAAUAUUGUCUGUAAUAUUUUGAGAGUGUAAAUUAGAACAGGUGACUGAGGUCCCUCAGCUUUACCCAGCCUUGUUGUUAUUUAUGAAGUGUGUUGAAAUGUGCUUCUUAUCUCCUGUGGUUACAGGUUUGACUUCAUUGUGUGAAUAUAUUUUGAUUGAAAACGCAUCAUUUGGCUUAAAUAUUGAAGCAUUUUUAAAAGUACUGCAAAGAGUCUACAAAAAAAAGUCUCUUAUGGCUAAGAAAGUCAAUUGGUUUGUGAGUCUCAUCCAGACACCCGAGGACCGGACAGUUCUGUUUUUCUCCAUGUAAUUAUUAUUUUUUUUUCUGAAUAGCAAGAGAACAAGGGUUUGGAUAAUAAACAAUGUGUAAAUACCAGCGACCAGCGUCAAUAUCAAAAGACAAACGCCAUCGGACAUUAAUUGCCAACAAUUAGUGUUGGUCUGAAUGGAGGGAAAGAUCAAAACACAUUCUUAGUUUGUACUUAGGAGCUUGAAUUAAUACUGCCUUUCAAAGAAUGUACAACACAAUAAAGGCAAGUUUUUGAACAUC